CUGGGCUUCCCAAAAAUAGAAAGCAGUCUAACCAAACUCGCUCCAGCGUGUAUAUAAAGGAAUUUGCCUAUUCCAAAAAUGGCUCCUCUUCCUUUCUUUUACGCUUUCGCUCGAAAACAACACUGCCACUUUCCCAUUUGUUUUUUCAACUUCCGGUGAGAAAUCUCCAAUCCCAUCUCUUCUGCUACGAUUUUUCACCCAAUAUCAUCAGGUGCAUUAUGGCCCUUCGCAGUAGGCGUACUGUAUCUGCAUCCAAUGACCUCGAUGCCCAAACCUCGUACCACGGUGUCUUUUCCAAACGCCGCCUUUAUCUGGAACGUGAUGUCACCUUGUCUGAACUCCAAUUCACUUGCAUUCCUCGUGUUUUCGAGUCUCGUGGAUGGAUUUCAUUGACUUCUGGUUUUCCUGCACCGCCCAUGAACCUUAUACAUGAGUUUUACUCAAACAUCCAUGACAUAAAAAAGGAUGGUUCUUUUUCUGUCACGGUUCGGAAUAUCAGAUUUGAGGUCACUCCUGAUUUAGUCUCCACUGUUUUAGGAAUUCCUCGAGUCAUGGAGUCUCCAUAUCCCUACACUGCUGAGACUGCGCCAUCCCAAACAGAUAUGUUGACUCUAUUCUGUGGAGAAAAAACCAUUUGGCCUAAUGGGGUUUCUAAUGUUAAAUCUGCAUCAUUUAUCCCUGAAUAUCAGUGGCUGAGCCGUAUCAUGUGCACCAACCUGUUUCCUAUUGCUCACUUGCAUACACUCAAUGUACCUAGGGCUCAAUUGUUGUAUGCCCUCAUCACUGAUGUACCCAUUGACAUUUGUAGACAUAUAUGUCAAGUGAUCAUACAUGCCUUUGAGUCGUCACGUACUGUACUCCCCUUCCCUUGUGUCAUUACUCAACUUAUUAAAGCCAAAAUGGUUCCCAUUCGUCCUCAGGACAUUCGGGCAAAGCCCUUAUCUGCCAUUGGGAGUCAUACACUUCAACUGAGCUCUCACAUGAAACGUGCAAAAGAAAGUGAUUUUGAAUCUGAUGAUGACUUGGAUCGAGAAAUUGAUGAGAUUGCUAAUGCUGUUGCUGCUGAGUCCAAACCAUCUAUAUCUGGUGCUCAGGCUACUCUAGCAAAGCCCUCAUCUAAACGUGCAAGGCAAUCUGAAUCUGAUUUUGAUGAUGACUUGGAUCGAGAGAUUGAUGAUGUUGUUGCUGCUAAGUCCAAACUGUCUACAUCUGGUGCUCAAGCUGCUCUGGCAAAGCCCUUAUUUGCCACUGGGAGUAGUACACUUCAGCUCAGUUCAUCUCAUGUAAAACGUUCUAACCAGAUUGUCUGUGAUUCCGAUGAUGACUUAGAUCGAGAUAUUGAUGAGAUUGCAGAUGCUAUGGCUGCUGAGUCCAGACCGUCUACAUUUGGUGCUGCACAACCUACAUUAUCUGAUAUGAUGGAUCUCCUGCAGCAGAUUCUACCUUGCUUGCAUCAGAUUCUGCCCCGCCUAAAUCGUAUUGAACAAGAUAUUAAAGAGAUUAAGGAGCAUCAGACUAGAGCUCAUUGAGAUAUCCCUUUCUCAUUUCAUAACAAAAAGGGGAGUAGGUUUGGCUUUUUGGUUUCAGGGUGUUAGGAGUUGAUAAUUUAGUGAUGUAUCUAUGUUCUUUGUGAACUUUCAGAUUUUUGUACCUUUUGAACUUUGAUGUUUAGAUAUAACCGUCUGUUUUUGUUCUUAAAACAGACUGUACCUUAUACUCCUUGCUUCCUGUUGGUUCCAAAUAUUGCAAAUAUACGUUUCAUUUU